AUGGGGAGGAUUAACAAUCUACCAAAAGAGAUCAUGCUAGAAAUAUUAACCAGGUUACGUGCUGAAUCUGUCUUGAAAUGUAAAUUGGUUUGCAAACCAUGGAGGCAUCUUGUUCGUCUUCGAUCAUUUUCUCAAAUGCACUUGAACCAUCUGAAUUCUGAUUCUGGUAAGUUGAGUUUCAUUAUUACGAAUUAUGAAUCAGUGCGUCCAAAAUUUUAUUAUUCUGAGUAUGAAGAGGAUUUUCAUGAGACACCACCUAUUAGUAGACUAACAAGGAUGGAAUUAAACCUUCCAUUUGAUGGGUAUUCCUUAACUGGUUCAGAUAAUGGUUUAAUUUGCUUCAAUUCAUGUCAUGGGGAUAGUUAUGGAACUGCUUAUAUCUAUAAUCCAAUCACCAGAGAAUACAUUAUCCUUCCAAGAUUUAAGGGAAAUUACUGA